GGAAGCACUCGCGUGGCACCUCAGGUGUGGCGAUGGAGGGUCUGCUGCAGGCUGCGCUGGGCGUGUGUGCGUGUAAGGUGGGUCUGGGUCUCCUCUGCCUCCCCAUGCUGCUGAGAAGAUCCCUCAGCUCCGUGGGCCUCUGCUGCAGCUGCCUCCUGCUGCUCACAGACCUCGCCGCCACAGUGUUCCUGUCAGUCUUAUGGCUGGCUCCCCCCUGGCUGCAGCUGUCUCCAAGCCUCUCGACCGACCGCGUGGCUCUUCGCCUCCUCCUCUUCCUCACGCACACCUACAGCCACGUCAUGUUCCUCUUCGUACCCCUGGUGGCCCUGGAGAUGCUGCACCACCUCCGCAACAAGGUCUCCGUCAGAGGUGGACGGGAUGGGUGGAUACAGUUACAGUCAUGGAGGGAAGCAGAAGAAAGAGGGAAGGAUUUAAACACGAAAGAAGGACAAUAUGAAGAUGCUGAAGGGAAGGAUUUAUGCAGAAAAGGACGAGAAGAUGGAGAGAAGGAUUUAUACAGGAAAGAAGGAGAAGAAGAAGAAGGAGAUGAUGAAGCUCCACUGUGUCCUGAGAAAAGACAGACGAGCAGUUGCUGCAGAGGAAUAAGACCCAAAGCAUCCAACAUAGUUGUGCGAUCCUCCCCAGAAGAACCGCAGCUCUGGACCACUUCCACUUCCACCACCGCCACCACACUGGCCCACGUGGUGUGUUUACUGAGUUGCCUGCUGGCUUGGUGCAUCUCUGGGCUUCAGGCGCUGCACCACCACGGGGUCCUGAACCUGAACGGGACCUCCACUGUGGAGCUCUGCCUGGAGGGAGAGAGAACAGAUGGGGCCGCUGCUGCCGGUGUUGGUGCUGCUGCCGGUGGUGCGGUCGUUGAUGGUGGUGGUGGUCUUGGUGUUGUCUCUCUGUGGAGGUGCCUCCCCAGUCUUCUCUCGGUCACGGCUGCGUGGCAGGACUUCACCCAGGCCUGCUGGGCUCUCCCUGCUGCUGCCGUCCUGCUGCAGCUCUACGCCAGCCUCAGACUCGUCCACAUCCUCUCCACUACUUCCACUAGCAGCAGCAGCAGCAGCAGCUGUAGUAGCAGGGGGUGCCCAGAGAGGGCUACACCUUUACGUGAGGAAAAAGAGGGAGCAGACAUGCAAGGUACUCUGGUGUCGACCUGCGAUGACAUGAGUCACACAAAAAUAACUGCCUUUCCGCUCGAGGAGGAGGAGAGAGAGGUGGAGGAGAGAAAGGAGAAGGAUGAGGAGAUGGUGGAAAGGAGAGGAGUGAUGCAGGGCAUUCCGUCCAGCAGUGAUACCAUCAGUUGCCCAGAGACCACUACUCCUUCAUCAGAGGAGGAGGAGGAGGAGGAGGAGAAGAGGAAGAGAAAAGUAGUUCAGGGUAUUCUGUCCACCAGUGAAGCCAUUGGUUGCACAAACACAACUACGCCUUCACCAGAGGACAAGGACAAGGUGAGCAGAGCAGUCAUGCAGGUGCCAAUGACAACAGCCCUCAUGGAGCCUGCAGCAGGAAGACUGUCACUCUUGCUCAGUGAUCAUCACCGUCAUGUGCCACCACCACCAGACACGAUGCCGGGUGCCCGCGGGCGAAGGCAAACACCUGCCGCUUCACUGCUCCGCACGCUCGUUAAUCCCAUGCUGUACGUUGACAACGGCCUUGUACCCGCCACACAAAGCUUCUUUGUUGACACGGAAACGUCAGCGGCUGACAACGGCAGGUGCUGCUGCUGCUGCUGCUGCUGUGACCCCAGAGCGGUGACCACAGCACGUCUGGCCACCGCGCCUCGACGUCAUCGCUCCCCAUUAACACACCUGAGUGACGGACGACAGCCAUGCCGCUGCGCUUCAUGUCACCGCCUCUCGGAAAGGUCCCCGAGACCAGAUGACAGCGAGAUGUCGGCUAGGCAAAUGACACAACACAAGCGACCUGCGGAGUCAUCAACGCAGCACCAGAGGCAACCGCAAUCGCAAUCACAACAAAGCGUGCCAGCAGCAGUGCCGCGUUAUUAUAACAGUCUGACGACACAGCCAGACAGGGGCGAUCAGAUAUGCUCUCCCAUGGGCUCCUCUUGGCAGCAGCAGCGGCUGUUAAUCUCCCACCGGGGCUGGGCUUUCCCACCGAGGGACUCUCCCAGCCUCAGGGCCCUGCUGCCACGGCUGCCUGUGGUGGGGGUGGGGGUGGCGGUGGGGCUGUUGUGUGUGUGGGGGGUCUUGGUGGGCCUCUUUCCCGCCUCGCUGGGCUUCAGCACCCUGCUCCUCCACUACACAGAGACGCUGCUCCUGUUGGGGCUGAAAGAACUCGUCCUCCUCACGCGAGCCGACGUGCCCCCGUCACCAGACAAACAAGAAGGCAAACUACUGAGUCAACCUAACCGUUAGAGAUAAAAGAUAAAGGACAAAGUGGUGUGUGGCGGUUCGAGUGUGUGUGUGUGUUUUUCCAUGUUUUCUUGUCCAUAGACAAAGUAAUAUUGAAAGGAGCUGUUGGUGUUAAUACA